UUUUAAUUUUAUUAAUUUUUUUUCUUUAUUUUUCACACUAAAAUGGCCGAUCGUGACGAACAUCAUCUAGACACCGAUGAAGAAUACGACCCGGAAGAGUAUAGGGACGAUGACAGGGAUGAUUAUUUUGUGGCUGAGGGUCUGAGGGACAAGGAUGAGGAGCAGGCUGAGUUGGAGGGCGAGGAUUUAUAUGAGGACGAGACGGGGUUUGUGGUGGGACAACGUGACCUUGAACGUGAAAUGCAAGGCUUUGCCAAGUUAGGAAUUGAAAACGUUGACGAGUAUGAGCCAGACAUGCUUGAUGACGCGGUGUAUGAGCUUGAUCCCAAAGACCGUAGAGCAGCAGAAAGGAGAAUGCGUUUCCGUGAUAGAACCAGAGCAAGACCAGGUGACCGCACAAUGCAUAAACAACUCUGGCGUAAGAUUCUGGAAAUGGCCGAUGAAGAAUUUGAGGACAAUCUUUUCGCCAGGAUUUCAGAGAGAGUUACAAAGAGGAGGACAGAUUUCGCUACAGCAGAGGCUGAAGCGCCGGAUCUCUCAAGACUGGAGAGCGCCAAAGCCGUACUACACUCCAACCCCAACGAAGUCACAUUCGACGAUAAAUACCAACAAGCCAUUGAUUGCUGCUUUAGAUACUUUUUGUAUCGUUUCAAGUUGACUGAGGAUGCUCCGAAUUACUACUACAAGAGUAAAAUUUCCACGAUGAUUCGUGAGGAUAAAACUGUACUCCGUGUGGCAGCGCAGCAUUUGUUGCAAUUUCACUGUGAGAAUGUCAUUACUUGGCUUGAGUUUAGACCAGCAGAUGUGUUACCAGUGCUGCACGACUGUUUAACAUUUGAAGUUAGUAAACUGAAGGAAGAAUUGUACAAGAAAAGGUACUGCAAAGUUGCCAUCACAGACUGGCCAUUCACCACACAAUUGGGGCUCCUAAGGUCAUCUGAACUCAAUACUCUCAUUCGUGUCUCAGGAAUAGUGAUAAGGCGCGGCUCUGUAUUACCGAGGUUACGAGUAUUAUAUUUAAAGUGUAAUGCUUGUGACACUACGUUGAGUGAGUUGCCGAUUUACUUCAGUGACGUGAUUAAGCCAGUGUUCCCCAAGCGUUGUCCAUACUGUCAUUCUCCAGGCUUUAACGUGGACAGGAUCAACACUGAGUACACAGAUUACCAGAAAUUAACUAUCCAGGAACCGCCGAGUAGUGUCCCGGCAGGCCGAACACCAAGGCAGAAAAUUGUAAUUCUCACUGGUGACUUUGUCGACUCUGUGAAACCAGGCGACUUAGUCGAUGUUCUCGGGACUUACAAGACGAGAUAUGACUUGGGACUUAAUAUUAAACACGGGUUCCCGAUUCUGCACACGGAGUUGGAAGCGAAUAACAUUGAACGUCAGGAAGAUUCCGCCUCAUUUGAGUUAACUGACGAGGAUGUUGCGGAGAUUAAACGGCUUAGCAAAGAUCCUUGCAUUAGGGAACGGUUAAUAGCCUCAGUAGCUCCCACACUCUGGGGUCACAAAACCGCUAAAGCCUCGGUACUGUCUGCCCUAUUCGGCGGAGUGCCCAAAGGCAUUCUCCAUAGUGUUAAUUCUGGCGCUGGGAACUCUGUUAAUAAUGCAAAUGGUGUUAACACGGGUAAUACUAUGGGAGGACAUAGGAUAAGAGGAGACAUAAAUGUGUUAUUGGUGGGUGACCCUGGAUUGGGGAAAUCACAGCUGUUGCAGUAUGUGCACAAGACAGCGAAUAGAAGUGUGUUAACCACGGGAAAAGGUGCCAGUGCCGUAGGUCUAACAGCAGGUGUAAGGAAAGAUCCAGUUACAGGGGAAUGGAGCCUGGAAGGAGGAGCGUUGGUAUUGGCUGAUGAAGGAUUUUGUGUGAUUGACGAGUUUGAUAAGAUGACUGACAAGGAUCGUGUGAGUAUCCACGAGGCCAUGGAGCAGCAGAGUAUUAGCAUUAGCAAGGCUGGGAUAGUCACAAGUUUACGUGCCAGAUGCUCAGUAAUUGCUGCUGCUAAUCCUAAAUUCGGCCGCUACGAACCUGCACUAACCUUUAAAGAGAAUGUAGACUUCUCAGACCCUAUCCUGAGUAGGUUUGACCUCAUUGUAGUGCUCCGUGACAUUCCCAACAUUGAGGAGGAUCUGUUAUUAUCCGAAUACGUAGUAACAAAUCAUCAACUACUACACCCACGAUUGGAUAACGUGGAGGACUACGAGAAUGUCCUAAAACGUCUCCAAAAUACUCUAUUAUCCUCUAACAUAGUGGAGCCAUUGCCCACGGAAGUGUUUAAGAAGUAUGUCUACUAUGCGAGGAGGCAUGUGAAACCCGUAAUAGCCCAGGAGUAUUACAGUCAAAUUGAGGGGAAACUAAGCGGUGUCUACAGUAGAAUAAGACAAAGAACAUUUGGUGGUGGGUAUCCUCUGACAUUGAGACAUAUUGAGAGUAUAAUUCGUAUUAGCGAGGCCAACGCUAAGAUGAGAUUAUCAAGUGUGAUCACGUCAGACGAUGUUGAUGUUGCAAUUGCCAUGUUACUAGAAAGUUAUAUAUCCAGCCAGAAGUAUUCCGUGGCUACAAGAUUAUCCAUGGAGUUUACAAGAUAUAGAGCUCUUUUUACAGGGAAUGACGAGUUAUUGGCUCAGUUAUUGAAGGGUUCCUUGCAGCAUCAGCUGGAGGUCCAGCUACGUAAGCAAUACGUGAACCAGAUGCAUCGUAAUGAUACCACCGACGUACAACUCGACACUCUUGAAUCUCGGGAAAGUAGCAUCAGUGUGAUGUUGUUUUUGAAAAUCUGUGCGAGGUACAAGUUUGGCGAAGACCAAGUGAACCGCUGGAUGCACUCUAACCAAUUCAAAAAACACUUCAAACUCUCACUCAACCCACAAGGAACACAAGUUAUCACAUCCGUACUCACAUGAACUACUGCGUUACACAAUCAUUAAUAUACUCAAAUAACAUUUUAACAAAUAUGUUAACUGGUGAUAAUAUUUAUGAUUUGACUUGUGGUGUGAAUUUUUCGGUGUAGUUUUUGAAUCCGGUGACUUGUUUCAUUUGCUCAAGUAACCUGUUAAUCGUUUUCAAUGAUCUCUUGGGAGCGUUGACAGGACAAAUGACAUUCGAACUCACAUUGUACUUGUCCAAAUGCCUCAAACUCAACUUGUACUUGUCAUCCUAAUCAUUUUCCAACUAA